GGCCCCGGCUCCACCCCCGGCCCCGGAGCUCCGCCAGCCGCCGCCAUGAGUAGCUUUGGAGCUGGCAAAACCAAAGAAGUUAUCUUCAGCAUAGAGGAGGGCUCCGUGAAAAUGUUCCUGAGGGGCCGCCCUGUGCCCAUGCUGAUCCCAGACGAGCUGGAACCCACCUACAGCUUGGACACACGCUCAGAGCUGCCUUCCUGCCGGCUCAAGCUGGACUGGGUCUAUGGCUACCGCGGCCGAGACUGUCGGGCCAACCUUUACCUGCUGCCCACGGGGGAGAUUGUGUAUUUUGUGGCUUCGGUGGCUGUGCUGUACAGCGUGGAAGAGCAGAGGCAACGACACUACCUAGGACACAACGAUGACAUCAAAUGCCUGGCCGUCCACCCGGAUAUGGUCACCAUCGCCACAGGACAGGUGGCGGGCACCACUAAGGAGGGGAAGCCGCUGCCACCCCAUGUGCGCAUCUGGGACUCAGUUUCCCUCUCCACGUUACACGUGCUGGGCCUGGGGGUGUUCGACAGAGCCGUGUGCUGUGUGGGCUUCUCCAAAUCGAAUGGGGGCAACCUGCUGUGUGCAGUGGACGAAUCCAAUGAUCAUGUGCUCUCUGUGUGGGACUGGGCCAAGGAGGCCAAGGUGGUAGAUGUCAAGUGCUCCAACGAGACCGUGCUGGUGGCCACCUUCCACCCCACAGACCCCACCGUGCUCAUCACCUGUGGGAAAUCCCAUAUCUACUUCUGGACCCUGGAGGGAGGCACCUUGAGCAAGAGGCAGGGCCUCUUUGAGAAACACGAGAAACCGAAGUAUGUGCUGUGUGUGACCUUUCUGGAGGGUGGCGACGUGGUCACUGGGGACUCUGGGGGGAACCUCUAUAUCUGGGGCAAAGGUGGGAAUCGCAUCACGCAGGCGGUGCUGGGUGCCCACGAUGGCGGCGUGUUUGGGCUCUGCGCCCUGCGGGACGGGACGCUGGUGUCCGGAGGGGGCCGCGAUCGGCGGGUGGUCCUCUGGGGUCCUGACUACAGCAAGCUGCAGGAGGUGGAGGUCCCUGAGGACUUUGGCCCUGUGCGCACCGUGGCAGAGGGCCAGGGGGACACGCUGUACGUGGGGACUACCCGCAACUGCAUCCUGCAGGGCUCUGUCCACACGGGCUUUUCGCUGCUUGUCCAGGGCCAUGUGGAAGAGCUGUGGGGCCUGGCCGCGCACCCCAGCCGGGCACAGUUUGUGACCUGUGGGCAGGAUAAGCUGGUGCAUCUGUGGAGCUCGGAGUCCCACCAGCCCCUGUGGAGCCGGAGCAUCGAGGACCCUGCCCGCUCUGCUGGCUUUCACCCCAGUGGCUCUGUCCUGGCCGUGGGCACGGUGACCGGCAGAUGGCUGCUGCUGGACACAGAGACCCACGACCUGGUGGCUAUCCACACAGAUGGCAACGAGCAGAUCUCAGUGGUCAGCUUCUCCCCAGACGGGGCGUACCUGGCCGUGGGCUCCCACGACAACUUGGUGUACGUGUACACGGUGGACCAGGGCGGCCGCAAGGUCAGCCGCCUGGGCAAGUGCUCGGGCCAUUCCAGUUUUAUCACCCACCUGGAUUGGGCCCAGGACAGCAGCUGCUUUGUCACCAACUCCGGGGACUAUGAGAUUCUGUACUGGGACCCGGCUACCUGUAAGCAGAUCACCAGUGCAGACGCUGUGAGGAACAUGGAAUGGGCCACAGCUACUUGUGUCCUGGGGUUUGGGGUGUUUGGGAUCUGGUCCGAGGGGGCGGAUGGUACUGAUAUCAACGCUGUGGCCCGCUCCCACGACGGGAAGUUGCUGGCUUCCGCUGAUGACUUUGGCAAAGUCCACCUGUUUAGCUACCCUUGCAGUCAGCCUCGAGCCCUCGGCCACAAAUAUGGCGGACACAGCAGCCACGUGACAAACGUGGCCUUCUUGUGGGAUGACAGCAUGGCCCUGACCACAGGGGGCAAGGACACCAGUGUGCUGCAGUGGCGGGUGGUCUGAAGUGGCUCGGGUAGAAUCAGGUGGUGGGGCUGGAAUUCUAUUUUCGGGAGAUGUCUAUUGCCG